UGUUACGCCCAUUUGUUGUUUUGAUUUGACAUCUUUGGUUAUGGAGGGCGUGUAGAAUAUAGUGUUUGUUUGCGAUUAAAUGAUUGGGUUUAAACGUUUAUCAGUCGGCUUUGAAGGUUGUAGGACACAUUGUAUGGUUUCCUGCUACUCAAAGCAGGAUACUGUUUUCUUAUGGAUAUUUUAAAAAUUUCAACAUUAGUGGUGUAUGCUGUAGCUGGAGCAAUAAGAUUUUGGUUUUUAAAUUCAGAUUAUAGGCAAAUAAUUGCAGACCGUGUUGAGAUAUCAACGCCUCUGAACUCGUGGAAGAAAGUUACAGAGGGUGUUUUCCUGUACAAUGAAGGCACAGACCCAUAUUCUGGUGACGUGUUCCAUGACACGCCAGUUGGAUUGUUGAUAUAUAGCUGGGUAUUUAGCUUUGCGUCAUCAUGGUUGAACAUAAUUUUUGUUGCAUGUGACCUCUUGACAGCAUAUUUCUUGAAUAAAGCAGCAACUGUUUUCAUGUUGGAGUUGGAAUUAAAACAGAAUGAAAAAAAAGACACAUAUGCAGCAGGCACAAAGAAUCUUCUCCUCAAAGCGUAUGACUUCCACAUGGUGCCUUUUUACGUUCUUUCAGCGUACCUGUUUAACCCAUAUAUUAUUUUAAACUGUGUAGGUCGAACAACUACAGUGUUUUCAAAUUUAUUGUUGGCAUAUGCUUUAGCAUCAAUGUGCACUGGAAAGCGGGUGGCAUCCUGUUGUUCGGUUGCAUUACUCACUCUUCAGUCAUUGUAUCCAGCAAUACUUGUGAUGCCAGCAGCACUUUAUAUUUAUAAAAAUGAAGCAAAGACAACUGUACAAAAUAAACAUUACACAUGGAAACAGUCUUUCAUAUACACAUUUGUUGUGUUUUCACUGGCUGUUGGAAGUUUACUUUUCUUGUCAUACAAGAUUACUGGAAGUUUAUUAUUUCUUAAUUCAGUAUAUGGUUUCAUACUAACUGUUCCUGAUCUUAAACCAAAUAUUGGAUUAUUUUGGUAUUUCUUCACUGAAAUGUUUGAACACUUCCGGCCACUAUUCAUAGCUGCUUUCCAAAUUAAUGCAACUGUUUUGUACAUGCUGCCACUCACAUUAAGGCUUCGUGAAGAACCCAUGUUGCUAGCUACAAGCUUUUGCACUCUUAUUAGUGUAUUUAAGUCAUACCCCUGUCUUGGGGAUGUAGGAUUUUAUCUGGCACUUCUGCCCAUGUGGAAGAAUCUAUACAAUCAUAUGCAACAAGGUUUCAUUGUUGCAUGCUUCUUCAUAACUACUUCAGUGCUAGGCCCAGUGCUUUGGCACCUCUGGAUAUAUUCUCGGUCAGCAAAUGCAAAUUUUUAUUUUGGUGUCACACUUGCAUUUGGUACUGCACAGAUAUUCCUCAUAACAGAUAUUUUGUUUGCUUAUAUCAAGAGAGAAUUCUACUUGAAUAAUGGAUUACCACGAGAUCCUGAUGGAAAACCUUCAAAAAUUGUCCUACAGUAGAUAGUGUCCGAGAACGUGUUUUGGUAACUAGACACAUUAGUGCUGUUCUGUGAUAAGUAUGUGCGGUAAAAGACAGACAAGACUGUACUCACCAUUAUCAAGUGUUAGUAUUGGGUCUUCUGCUCUUCCUAGGUGAACAUUUUCAGUGCAGAAGUGUGCAUGGUUUCAUAUUUUCUGUCCUUGCAGCAUGGCAUUUGAGUAAAAAGUUUGGUGAGUUCAGUUCUUUAUUUAUAGUCAUAAACUAAUAAUUUCAUGUAAUGGCCUGAAUUCCAUUACUUAACUGUCGUCACUGCUCAGGAAAAAAUAGAAUUUUCUUUUAUAUAAAAGUCAUAGUUAAAUUAAAUGAAUUUACAUGGCUUACAGAUGGUUACAUUUAUUUACUGUUUACAAUCUUAGGUAGUCAUAUGAUGGUCAAAGAUGAUACAUCUUUGGCCUGUGAUCCAGUUAUAAUGUAUGCAAAGUUGAGGAAGUAAUCAAUUUGUUCAAAACCAUUAAAGACUGAUUUAAUGGUAUCAGUUUAGAACAAUUACUGCAAUAAAAAAGAUGUAGUUCAUCACAGAACCUUCUUGAAACAGCAGUCUUCCAACUUCAUGUGUACAGGCGUAUUGUAGCAUCUGCUCCACUUGAAAAAAUCCAUGGUUGUGAUGGGUGAAAUACAACAUCAAAGAUACCAAAGUCAUUUGUAGACUGAUGAUGGCUUAGCCUCUUCAGUGGCACUAUCAAUGGGUUUUGAAGUAAAUCACUGGAAAAUAUUUUAAAGAUUCAGUUAAUGUGAUUAGCUUUGCUUAAAGCAAAAGAUACUUUCACAUUUUCAAACUAGAAAAAUUAAUCUUACUUGUAAACCAUGCCAUGUGAUAUAAUUAUGCUGCAAUCAUCAGAGCCAGAUGCAAAGAGUGGGUAACGCCUAUGAUAUGCGACACCCCGUACUGCAGUACCAUGAAGCCUCAAUGUUUGAUAAGGCUUAGUUGACAAGUCUAAGUCAAACCAGAGCAUCUUACGAUCGUAAGUUCCAACUAAUACAUUGUCGCCACCUGAAAUAAAAUUUGUGGAAAGGUAAAUAAUAAUUGACAUAUAGUGACAUAAAAGUGAUAAAGCAUCAAUCUGAAAUAGUUUGUUAUUAUGCACAACUAACUAUGUGAGAGAGAAGUGGAAGCACUGACAUUGUGAAUAUUACAAGUAAAUUAGUUCAAUACAUCACGCUUCCAAAAUACUGACACAAAUCUAUUAAAUGUGAACAAUUUUGAUUAGGCUUUACGAUGACUUUUAUUGAUAUUGAAUGAAACAAUGAGUUUACUUCUAUCUUGCAUGGUUUACAAAGGUUUAUCUGAACUAAACCUUGACCAGAUUCGUAUUUCUUACAAACCCAUCUUCAGAUGGUUGUUACGAAAACACUUCACAACACACCAAUCCACAUAGUGUGACCCAGCUUCAUGAUGAGUAACAUUAUAUUUUCAAAUAUGUUAUGUUACCGAUGCUGUAUGGGUGUAGUAAAAUAUGUCUAGUGCAA